GAAAAUCCUAAAAAGUGACCAAAAAUAAAAAAUCAUAUAAACCUCCCUUUCUCUAUCUAGAAUCUGAUUCUCUCUGUGUCAUGGCCGAUUUCUCAUUUCUUUCAGAUAGUGAUGAGAGUGCAGUUGAAGAACUCCUCUCUCAGGCACUGGACCACUCUGUUCUCGAACAGGUCGCAGCCAUUAACUGCUCUGGUUUCACCUCCGACUCGGUUCUUCCAUCCAACCUCGAAACUCGGUUCCAAAAACUCAAAUCGUUCCCAGUCACGAAGACGCCCAAGUCUCCAUCUCUCUCCACUGCCAAAAACUCUGCAUCUUCAAGCUUCAAUUCACAGCAUCUGUCCGUCAAAUCCCUCAAACCCCAAUCCCAUAAUGAGUUGACGAAAUCAGAUGGGCCAAAAACUGAGUUGGACUCGCUCUCUGAUGAUGAAAGCAUGUUCAUUUCGCCUUCAAAGGAAAACCCAGUUGAGAGAAAGGGUCUGAAGCCGAAAUCACAAGCUGGUUCUGUUCCUUCGCCUUCGAAAUCGUCAAAUUCGUCACCAGAGAAAGCAAUUUUUCCGCCUUCGAAGGGAAACACAGAUAGAAAAAUGGGUUUGAAAUCAAAAACGCGAUCUGGGUCAUCUCUCUCCCCUUCCAAUUCAUGGAAUUCGUCAAUGGAGUUGCAAUCUCCACCUCGGAACACCGGUUGUUUCUGGUGUUCGCCGAAAAAGGUUUCAAGGAAAAAGAACAAGGAGAAUUUUGGUCUUGAUUGGGGAAAGAACGAUGAGUUUUUGUCGGAAUUGAGUACUUUCUCAGCGAAGGGGCAGCAGAAAAUGCUGAAGAAGGCAAUGAAGGAGGAAGAGAAGAUUAAUCGCGAAGCCGAGAAAAUUGUAAAAUGGGCUAAACAAGCUUCUGCAAGAAUGGAGGUUUCUGGCCUUGAAGAUGAACUGAUGAGUGACAAUGAGAGUACUAAAUGAAUGUAGUUUGGAAGAUUUUCAACUUUAUAUUAAAGAUACAGGAUGUUAUGGUUGUCUCUAUAGGUUAAUAUACAGGAUAUACUAGAUGUUCAUCUUGUUGAAGUGCUUAAAAUAUUGAUGUCUAGAUGUUUGUGAAAAGAAUUUUGUUGGUUGCCUAAGAUUUGUGAUUCUCCAUGAUUUCAAAAGAUUUUUGUUAUUGUGAA